UAGUUUACUUUUUGAAUUUUUGUAACAGAGCAUCACGCCGCUUUUGUUUUUAGGCAGCCUUCAUAUGUUUUGAAAUGCCUACAAAAAUACUGUUUAUUUAUUUUGGUGAUAAUUUAUUUAACAAGUUAAAAAUUCUGAUUAGCGAUGAAUGUCAAGAAUCGCUGUUUCAAAAUCUUAAUUGCACAGUGUUUAACCUUUUAAAAGAAACUUCAUAUCUACAUGUUAUCGACGAAGUAUUUUUAAGUUGGUCUCAUGUGCUAAUAAAAGUUGGAGAAAAGAUAUAUUAUUGCGGUUUUAAUAAAUCCGAAAGCAAUGAUGUGCAUGAAGUAUUUUGCGAGAUAAAAAAUGGUUUGAUAGUGAAGAUUAUAUGUGGUUUACAAAUUUCAUUCUUUGUGACAAAUGAUGGGUAUUGCUAUGUUUACUCACAUACAGAUUUCCAACCAGAAUUGAUCGAUUUUGGUAGUCCUGAUGUAAAAAUAAAAAAUGUUGCAGUUGGUGGCAUGCAUGCUGUAGCAGUAACUGAAAGUGGAGAAGUUUUUAAUAUUAAUCUAGAACAAAAGGUAACUGCUAUAUUGUUACCAAUGCCUCAACCAAUAGCUGAAGUUGUUUGUGGUAAAGAACAUGUUUUAAUUCUGUCGAAUUCAGGUCAAGUAUUUAGCUAUGGAGUUGGAAGCAAAGGACAGCUAGGGCAUGGUACAAUCGAGAACUUGGGUAAACCAUCAUUACUGGAUGCUCUUGAUGGUAUAAAGAUUAUAGCUAUUGCUGCUGGGGGAUGGCAUUCUGCAGCCAUAAGUAAUGAUGGUGAUCUUUACAUGUGGGGCUGGAAUGAAAGUGGUCAGUUGGGAUUUCCUUGCAGUGAACUCCAAAGUGAUAAAUUACCACUAACAGAAAUUGAAACUGUUUGUUGUCUUCCAAAAAGUAUUGAAUUUAAAGAUGAUUUGAAAGUCAUCGCUGUUAGUUGUGGAUCUCGUCACACAGUGGCUAUUACUGAGAAUAAUCGGGUGUGGACGUGGGGCUGGAAUAAUUAUGGUCAAUUAGGACACAAAAAAUGUAUGUUGUCUGAUAAACCUGAAGUAGUUCCUUUACCAGAUAAUUUUGUAAUACAAACUGUAAAAAGUGCAUUCUGGUCUACACUUAUUACUGGGUUUAUUAAAGAGAAUUAUAAGUGAAA